AUGCGGCUUCAUCUCUUCGUGGUGUGUGCUAGGGGUGGUGUUGCUGCGCUCAGCGCUUUUGUAUCCUGCCUUGGGUGUGUGUGGUGUUGGCGUGCGUUUGUAUUGGAUGAUGUGGAUCUUUGCUUUAUAUAUAAAGCGGGGCGAAAGCCUUUUUCGGCAAUGGUACAUCAAACCAGAAGUUGCUCUCCUCUUCUCCUCUCUUUCACAACAAUACAUACAAAAGCUUCCAGAUUAGAUAUGGCUUUCCACAUGAGAUCCAUAAGUUUGCCUUCUAGGCCUCAGGCCAAUGAGACCGAGGUUGAACAAGAACUGCUGAGCCUAGAGGCAAGUAUCUCUUCUUCCAUUACCAUCGGCACGAUGUGUGAUGGUCUGAGGAGGCUUGGAGACAUCUACAAUGGUGUUGAAGAGAUUAUUUGCCUACCAAGCAAUCAAGUUAGCUCCUCUCAGCGGAGGAAGAUGUUGGAUGGAGAGAUGGAAUGCUCUCUUGAGUGGUUGAACCUCUACAGUAACAUGCAAGAGAUCUUCAUCGAAAUGAAGGUCAUCAUCCAAGAGCUGCACAUGGCUCUGAGAAAAGGGGAUGAUGCAGCUGCUCAAGCCAAGAUCCAGUCUUACACCCGCUUGGCGAAGAAGGCCAAGAAUCAAUUCAAGAAGACCACGAAAAAGACUCCUGCAGAUUGCAAGAUGGUCAUGCUAUUGACCAAGGCCAGAGAGAUAUCUGUCUCUCUGCUGGAGUCCACACUACAUUUCUUGUCGAAGCAAAUUGAAAUGCCUAAACAAUCUCUUGUUUCCAAGGCAUUUCACAAAAAGAAGGCAGUUGUCUGCAAGGACGAGCAAUUGCAGGAGCUAGAGUGCAGUAUCGGAGAUCUUGAGAGUGGAGCAGGACAUCUGUUCAGGAAAUUACUCCAGAGCAGAGUUUCUCUACUCAACAUUCUUAGCUCAUAGAUACUCCCAAGUCACUCUUGACGCCCUGUGGUUGGCAUCCGCCUUUUAAGGAAUAGCUGAUCUUCAUACAAGUUUCCCAUAUGUAUACACUAUACAGUAUAAAUGUACAGGAAAUAUAGAAAGAGAAACCAAAGUUUUGAUCCAUUAGACCAUUUCAUGCUUGAAGAUGUGUUUGUGAUCCGAGUAUAGUUUAUUUUGAUAUCCUUGGUUAGUCGAUCUUGCUCCUAAUGCAUGAAACAUGCCAGAUCAAAGUCACAACGUCUCCACCACCACCACAUGGCUGUGCAGU